AUGGACAGAGGAACUUGCUCAGCGCUGUCGUCCUACGUGCGGUCCCGCCACAGCGGAUUCCCAGAAGGCUGGAAUGUGCCCUGUGGCACGAACCAGUCGUGCACCGCCUGCGUCAUCACCGCCAAGAAGGUCAAGCUCUACCACUGGCCCCUGCCAACCACCGUCGAGUGCGUCGCAACAACCAAGCCGAGUCCCAGCCCCAGCCUCAACCACCGGGCCGCCGCCGCCGCCGCCGCCGCCCCCGCAUCAGCCGCCCCAGCCAGCAGCACUCACAGUCCCAUCUCCGCCCUCUCCGUCCUCUCCGACGGCAUCACCUUCACCUCGCCGACCCUCUACAUCUCCUUCUACGACAUCAAAGCCACAGACCCAGCCAACGGCCUCACCUGCGGUGGCGGUCCCCCACCCACCGGCGCCGCCGCCAUCGCGUCGUUCGCACCCGCCGACGUGCGCAGCGUCCGCUACGGCGCCCAACGCGGCGCGUAUCCCUUCCGCGUCGACGACCUCGCGCACACGACCGCCACGGGCCGCGUCGGGGGCGCGGUCUUCUCCAUCGCCCUCGUCCCGCCCGCCGCGUACGCCGGCCAGUACAGCUGCAACCCUGGCAGUCGGUGCGCGGUGAUCCGCGACGACUAUCGGCCCACGGUCGUGGUUCCGAGUGACGAUGGCCAGUUGAUGACGAUGGGUGGGGGGUGGGGGCGGUGUGAUGCGUUUGAUGCGGGGUAUGGCUUGCAGGUGGUGGCGGUGGAGGAGAUUGGGAAAGGUGGUGGUGGCUCGGGGUUGGUGGUGCCGAGACGGACGGUGGCGGUGCCGACGGCGUGA